CAGAGCAAUGUGGCAAAGAAAACGGUUCAAACGAAAAACAAAUCAUUGACAUCGCUGGACUUUGUAUUGCUGAGGUGAACUUUGAUGUUCAAAACAUCGAAGCACUCAAUGUAUCACCAAACAAUACACAGCCAAUGGCGGACAGAGACAACAAGGAAGAUAACAUGUCAAUCGCGUUCUCUACCGGACUAUGCAUUGCAGAGAUAAAUUUUGACAUUGAAAACACAGAAAAGGUAUCUGAUUCAUCAGACUACCUAGAGCCAAUUGAAUUAGAUUCUGGAACACACACACUGCAAGACGAGAAAACCGACAUUGAAACAUACGAAACAUUGCAAAAUGUCACCGACACCAUGGUUAACAUUCCCAACAUUGAGACCGCCAAUGAAUAUUCCAUUCAAGGUGAAGAUGCUGGUUUCAAUAUUUGUUUGGCAGAUCUGAACAACUUCCAAGAUAUUUUGUCAGAAGUUGAAUAUAUGGAAGAAUCUAUAUUAGACAUCGGGUAUUCCUCAAGCAAAGAAUACGAACGAUUGAGGACGUCUACAGAGAUCGUCAUGAAUGCACCGGAGGAAAAGCACAGGGAAGAAACAACAGUCAUGUCUGCUGAUACAGGACUCAAUGUUUGUUUUGCAGAACUGCAAAAUUUUGAACAACUGCUCUUAGAAUAUGAGACAGUGGAAGAGACAGCAUCGGACAAAUCACAUGAAAGUCAUUAUGACACAAUUAAGAUCGACGUCGACGUCAACCAUAGCGAUGAUUCUGACACCAUUUCUGAGUGAUCACAGAGAUGGCAUCCUAAUGGCCGGGUAUAAAGAGAACCAUCUAGCGAAUUUUAUGAAGAUAUCCAGCAAAAGACAUGGUAUGCAGAGAACCAGCUUAGACUUUGUAUAUAGAAAACCAGCCAAGACGUAGUGUAGAAAGAACAAGCUAAGUCUUGGUAUACAAAAAUGAAAAUCAGCGUUUUGUAAAGGCUACAUAAAUGACAGACAUAUAUUGAACAAUUCAGUAUGCUUUAUGGAAAUUCUAUAUCAUUAUCACAUGUUUGUUUGAUUUUGUACUUCUUGUGUCUUGGGUAGUCAACAGCACACUUUUAUGUGUGGGUAUUUUUCUAAUUAGAAAAACGUACUUAUUCACACACCGAAUGUAGGGUUUUGAUUUGGAAAUUUAUUGAAAACCAGAAGUUUUCGUUGAAAAAAAAAAUGCAUUUGAUUUUUACAAUUCAUUGAUGUACCUUUUCUGACACGAUAUAAACGUUUGAUUUGUUUACUGUAAAUACUUGUAUUAAGACAUAAUUGUACAAUCUGUCGACACAUGUUUAUGCUGUUAUACAAUUUCCACAUAUUUUUCACUGGAUAUAUUGAUUUCAUUUUAUGCGUAUUUGUGUUGAGCUAUAUGUAUUUAUGCA